UUUCCCUUUUGCGGGAUCUGUCAAACCAAACCUUUUCUGAAUCUGAUGCAAAACGACGACGAAGGCGACGAGGACGAGACACCAUCGAGAAAACAGAAAUCCGGCUUAGUUAGAGGAUAACGACAACCAGCAUGGCAUCGCUUUUGAAGCUGACCAGCACCCUGCGGGUGUGUGGCAACGGAACCAAACUGAUCCAGCGUCUGAAGUCCUCAAACGCCGCCGACUUCCGUGCCGCCCUGGUCAAUGUUCCUCCCACCGAGGUGACCCAGCUGGACAGUGGCCUGCGCGUUGCCAGUGAGGAUUCCGGAUCCCAGACGGCCACCGUCGGUCUGUGGAUCGAUGCCGGAUCGCGUUACGAGGACGCCAAAAACAAUGGUGUUGCCCACUUCUUGGAACAUAUGGCUUUCAAGGGUACGGCCAAGCGAUCCCAGACCGAUCUGGAGCUGGAGGUGGAAAACAUGGGAGCCCACCUGAAUGCGUACACUUCUCGCGAACAGACCGUCUUCUACGCCAAGUGUCUGUCCCGAGAUGUGCCAAAGGCUGUCGAAAUUCUCUCCGACAUCAUCCAGAACUCCAAGUUGGGAGAAUCGGAGAUCGAACGCGAACGUGGAGUUAUUCUGCGUGAGAUGCAGGAAGUUGAAAGCAACUUGCAGGAAGUUGUUUUCGAUCACCUUCAUGCCACCGCCUACCAGGGAACACCUCUGGGCAACACCAUCCUUGGCCCGACCAAGAACAUCCAAUCGAUCGGAAAAUCGGAUCUGCAGGCUUACAUCGAUUCGCACUACAAGGCUCCUCGUAUCGUGUUGGCCGCCGCCGGUGGCGUCAAGCACACCGAUCUGGUUAAGCUCGCACAAUCCAGCUUGGGUAAGGUGGGUAGCACCUUCGAUGGCAAGGCUCCCCAGCUUUCGGCAUGCCGUUUCACCGGAUCGGAAGUACGCGUUCGCGAUGACUCGCUGCCACUGGCCCAUGUUGCUAUUGCCGUUGAGGGCUGCGGAUGGACCGAUCAGGACAACGUCCCACUGAUGGUUGCCAACACCUUGAUUGGUGUCUGGGAUCGCUCCCAGGGAGGUGGUGCCAACAACGCCUCCCGCCUGGCAGCGGCUGCCGCUGAGGACAGCCUUUGCCACAGCUUCCAGUCAUUCAACACCUGCUACAAGGACACCGGUCUGUGGGGCAUCUACUUCGUGUGUGACCCGUUGAAGUGCGAAGACAUGCUGUACAACGUGCAGAACGAAUGGAUGCGUCUGUGCACGAUGGUCACCGACAGCGAGGUUGACCGCGCCAAGAACCUACUGAAGACCAACAUGCUGCUGCAGUUGGAUGGAACCACCCCCAUUUGCGAAGACAUUGGUCGCCAAAUGCUGUGCUACAACCGCCGCAUCCCACUGCACGAGCUGGAGAAGAGGAUCGACAACGUCAACGCCCAGAAUGUUCGUGAUGUUGCCAUGAAGUACAUCUUCGACCGGUGCCCGGCGGUAGCAGCCGUUGGACCAGUCGAGAACCUGCCUGAAUACAUGCGCAUCCGUGGUUCGAUGUCCUGGGCCCGAGUUUAAGAAGGAGGGCGAUAAAAGUAGAGAACGUACCCCAUAAGAUAUCCGUAAUAAUUUUGAUGUUGGAAAAGAUGUAGGAACGAAAUUGAAAUGGUGAGAAGCUAACAUCAAAGCACCUGCCGUAAAAAACUACCACGGUAACAUAAAUAGAGUGAUGUAUUUCCAAAGGAAGCGAACAGAAUAUUUCAAUAGAGUUGGAUCGUUUUGCUGUGAUUGGCAAUACAAACAGUAACAUGUA